AUGGACGAAAUGAAACUUCAUUAUACUGACAAAUAUCACGUUGAAUACAAAAUCACCGACAUGACUGGCGCUGAGGUAACUGACAUCAAACUAGAAUCGUCAGUGGUCUUCGAACCAGGCCUUGGUCAUUUUGGAGAGGGCAGGCGUUGGAUCAGCCCUGUUACAAGCGCAAGUCACAUCAGAAAGAAUUUGGAAGAAUUAAGUGAUGGUGAAAUGGAAUCAUUAAGAAAUGCCUUUAAACAAAUGGAAAAGGAAGGAAGAUAUGAAGAAAUCGCUGCCUUCCACGGUGUCCCUGCUCAGUGUCCAAAUGAAGAUGGCACAAUGGUGCAUACAUGCUGCCUUCAUGGAAUGCCAAUAUUCCCCCACUGGCAUCGUCUCUAUGUUGCUCUUGUAGAAGAUGAAUUGAGCCGAAUCCUUUCUUCAAUGGCAAGAUUAGCUUUGAGAAUACGGAAACAGAUCGAGAUCCCCAACCAGAUUUAUUUGGCAAUUCAUAUUUAUACGAUCACACGUUGUUCGUUUUCGAACAGACAGAUUUCUGCGAGUUUGAAGUUCAUUUCGAGGUUCUUCAUAACACCAUUCAUUCUUAAAUUAGGAGGAAGAGAUGCUCAUUCAAUGUCGUCUCUUGAUUAUGCCGCCUAUGAUCCCGUGUUCUUCCUUCAUCAUAGCAACGUUGAUCGUUUGUGGGCCAUUUGGCAAGAGCUUCAGCGUUAUCGUAAGUUAUCAUACAAUGAGGCCAAUUGUGCAUUGCCACUUCUCAACGAACCGAUGCGUCCUUUUAGUAACAAAACUGCCAACCAAGACCGGUUAACAUUCACCAACAGUAGACCCAAUGAUGUCUUUGACUAUCAGAACGUCUUGCAUUACAAGUAUGAUACCCUUUCUUUUGCCGGUCUCAGCAUUCCACAACUGGAAAGAAUCUUAGAAAAGAACAAAGGACAUGACCGAAUUUUUGCAGGAUUUUUGCUACAUGGUAUCAAAGCUUCUGCUGACGUCCGCAUCUACAUCUGUGUACCGACUGGUGUAGGGGAAGAGAAUUGUGCCAAUUACGCUGGUAUCUUCUCCGUUCUGGGAGGAGAAACUGAAAUGCCGUGGAGGUUCGAUCGUCUCUUCCGAUACGAAAUCACAAGUGAAUUAAAGAAAUUGGGUCUUAAUCACAACAGUCACUUCCGCGUCGCAAUGGAAGUAACCGCUGUCAAUGGAUCUAGGAUCACGCAAAAGGUUUUCCCUAAUCCGACAAUUGUCUUUGUCCCCAGCCAGGGUGAAUUUAAAGAGGGCGGCUGGAGCAAUGUUGUCACUAGCGCCAAACGUAUCAGAAAGAACCUAAAGCAUAUUUCCGCAGAUGAGAUGUUAUCUCUAAGAACCGCCUUCAAGCGCAUGACAGAUGAUGGAAGAUACGAAGAGAUUGCCGCUUUCCAUGGUCUACCAGCUCAGUGCCCUAACGCUGAUGGUACGAUGGUGCACACGUGUUGUCUGCACGGUAUGCCGACCUUCCCACAUUGGCAUCGACUUUAUCUAUCUUUGGUCGAAAAUGAACUGCAGGCUAGAGGCUCAGCUUUGUCGGUACCUUACUGGGACUGGAUUGAACCUUUUGAUGAACUUCCCAGUUUGAUAAAUGACCAAACGUUCAGAAAUCCGGAAAAUAACCAAAUGAUCGCAAAUCCUUUCUUCAAAGGAGCAAUCUCGUUCGAAAAUUCCGAAACGACUCGAAAUCCGAAACCUGAGCUAUUCGGCAACACACAUUUUUUCGAUUAUACUUUACUUGCGUUUGAACAGACUGACUUCUGUGAUUUCGAAGUACAGUUUGAAGUCCUUCACAACUCCAUUCACUCGUGGCUGGGCGGGCCAAAUACCCAAUCGAUGUCUUCACUCGACUACACCGCUUACGAUCCUGUCUUCUUUCUGCAUCACAGUAACUGCGAUCGACUGUGGGCCAUUUGGCAAGAACUACAGCGCUAUAGAAAAUUAGAUUAUAAUGUUGCUAAUUGCGCUCUUCAUCUGCUUAGCAAACCGAUGCGUCCGUUCAGCAAUAGUACGGCUAACCAAGAUAAAUUAACCCACACUCACAGCAAACCCAAUGACGUGUUCGACUAUCAAAACAACCUGAACUAUAAAUACGAUACGCUUUCUUUUUCGGAUAUGAAUAUUAUCCAAUUAGAGACCUUGCUUGAGAGUCGCAAAUCACGCGACCGAGUUUUCGCUGGUUUCAUGCUUCAUGGUGUGAAGGCGUCAGCAGAUGUCCGCAUUUACAUCUGUGUGCCAACUGGCGUUGUUCUCGAAAACUGUCACAACUAUGCCGGCGUCUUCUCUAUUCUGGGUGGAGAGACAGAAAUGCCUUGGAAGUUCGAUCGUGUCUACCGUUAUGAACUCACAGACGAAAUAAAUAAACUCGGGCUUAGUGCCAACAGUCAGUUCCGAAUUUCUACUGAAGUUACAGCUGUAAAUGGUUCUAAAAUUCUACAGAAAAUCUUCCCUACGCCUUCUGUUAUUUUCGUUCCGGCCCAAGAAGCCACUAGGAGAGGUUCGGCAUCAAAAUCCGUCCGAGGUAAUUUGGUCCGAAAGAAUGUUGAUCGUUUAUCUCUGCAAGAAAUAAACUCUUUGGUGCACGCCUUCAAACGUAUGCAAAAAGAUAGAUCUUCUGAUGGCUUUGAAUCGAUUGCUUCCUUCCAUGCUCUUCCUCCACUCUGCCCGAACCCGACCGCUAAACAUCGCUAUGCUUGCUGUCUUCACGGUAUGGCUACUUUCCCACAAUGGCACAGGUUGUAUGUUGUCCAAUUUGAACAAUCACUGAACAGGCACGGGGCCACAGUCGGUGUGCCAUAUUGGGAUUGGACAUAUCCUAUGAAGGAGAUUCCUCACUUACUGACGUCUGAGAAGUACACUGAUCCCUUUACCGGUGUGGAAACGUUUAACCCAUUCAACCACGGUCACCUUUCCUUUAUCAGCCCCGAGACAAUGACAGCACGUGAUGUCAGUUCGCAUCUAUUUGAACAGCCUGCACUUGGAAAACAGACCUGGCUCUUUAACAAUAUCCUUCUAGCACUGGAACAAACCGAUUAUUGUGACUUCGAAGUUCAAUUUGAAAUUGUUCAUAAUGCCAUCCAUUCUUGGUUGGGUGGAAAAGAACUUUACUCAUUAAACCAUUUGCACUACGCUUCCUAUGACCCAGCUUUCUACCUCCAUCAUUCCAAUGUUGAUCGUCUUUGGGUAAUCUGGCAGGAAUUACAGAAAUUCCGUGGUCUUCCAGCUUAUGAGUCGAAUUGCGCUAUUGAAUUGAUGUCUCAACCUUUGAAGCCUUCUUUCGGACCUCCUUAUAAUUUGAAUCCAGUGACAACCAAAUAUUCCAAGCCGUCCGAUGUGUUCAAUUACAAAGAGCACUAUCAUUAUGAAUACGACAUGUUAGAAAUGAAUGGAAUGUCUAUUGCACAACUGGAGUCUUACAUUCGACAAGAGAAACAAAAAGAUCGCGUUUUUGCUGGAUUUUUACUUGAAGGAUUUGGCAGUUCUGCCUACGCUACAUUCGAAAUUUGCCCAGACACAGGUGAUUGUCAUGAAGGAAGUCAUUUCUCUGUGUUGGGUGGAAGCGCUGAAAUGCCUUGGGCUUUUGAUCGUCUCUACAAAAUGGAAAUAACGAACAUUCUACGAGAUAUGAAGUUGAAUUUUGAUUCUCACUUCACCAUCAAAACAAAGGUCGUCGCUCAGAAUGGAACCGAAUUGUCUGAAAACCUAUUACCAGAAGCAACCAUCAUCCGGAUCCCACCAUCGGCGCAUGAACUUGAAGUGGCGAUCCCAUUAAAUCGAAUUAGACGAGAUAUCAAUUCUUUGGAAACUCGAGAUGUUCAGAAUCUCAUAAUCCUUUUCUUGCGAGGUUAUGUCAAACAAGAAGAUACCUACACCGUACGAGACACUCAAGCUGAGUUGUUUGAAUUGUCGGAAGGUGGCAAAGAAUCUACACUUUUCAAGAAAGCCAUGUUGAUGUUUGAACAAGAAGACUAUUGUGAUUUUGAAGUGCAAUUUGAAGUGAUUCACAAUUCUAUUCAUUAUCUUAUCGGUGGUCACCAGAAAUAUGCCAUGUCCAGUUUGGUUUACUCUUCCUUUGAUCCGAUAUUCUACGUUCACCAUUCAAUGGUUGAUCGUAUGUGGGCCAUCUGGCAGGAUCUCCAGCAUUACCGAAAGUUGCCACAUGAUAAAGCAUAUUGCGCCUUGGAUGAAAUGUCCUUCCCUAUGAAACCGUUUAUCUGGGAAUCGAACCCCAAUCCAGCAACCCGAGCCGUGUCUACACCCACUAAACUAUUUGACUUUAAAUCUCUUGGUUACAGUUAUGACAACCUGGAUUUCCAUGGCAUGAACACUGCUCAGCUGGAGGCUGCCAUUAAGAAACAAAAGCAAAAAGACAGAGUGUUUGCGGGAUUUUUGCUGCACGGAAUCAAAACAUCAGCCGAUGUUCAUUUGAAGGUGUGUAAUGACGCUGAUUGUCAUGAGGCUGGCGUUGUCUUCAUUCUUGGUGGCGAAACAGAAAUGCCAUGGCAUUUUGACCGGAACUACAAGAUGGACAUAACCGAUGUCCUCCAGAAAAUGGGUGUCGAACUUGAAACUGUUUUUGAUCAUGAAAGCAAAUUACACCUUGAAGUCCAUAUCGAAUCUGUUGAUGGAACUACUCUGGAUCCUGGAAGUCUUCCUAAGCCAUCUUUGAUAUACAUACCUGCUAAAGAACGAAAAGUUCAUAAAAAGAAACCGUACGUCGAAGGAAUUUUGAUCAAGAAAGAAUAUAAAUACUUUGACCCAAUCGGAAAUGAAGAACCUGAGGGAGUAUUUUGGCUGCUGUCCCGAACAAGGAGACGAGUCGUUCUUCACCGUCAAAUCGCCUUCGCCCUCGAACAGAGAGAUUUCUGCGAUUUUGAAAUUCAGUUCGAGAUGGGCCACAAUGCCAUUCAACCAUGGGUUGGUGGCUACUAG